AGCCACAAUGUCCAGAUCGGGUAAGCACCUAGAGCCACGCCCCUCCUAGCGUCGUCCCACUGGGUACCUAUAUUCCACUACACUCAUGUUCCAUGCAAUCUGAUCGCUCUACUAUGCGCCUGCUUUGUACACAGUAACGUUAGUGAGACGUUUAUUUUCUUCGUCCCUGGUGUAUAGGACUGCGCCCUAUACUAAUCUUCAUGCGACCUAUCAUCUGCUCCAUCAUGUCUUAACCCCGUCAGGAGGCUUUUUAGUACUGCCUUGAGCGAUCAGGCUAUGCAAAUUAUGCAUCAUAUAUAAGUUGAGGAGCUCGCCAGGGCAUAGCUUUACGUAUAUUGGCGUACCUCCUCUCGUGGAAUGAUACUUAAUACGGCUUCAACUUUGGGUUUCUGUUCGGAUUUGUGAAGGCUUUCCUUUGUUUGCACCCUCGAGAUGGACAACAUGAGCACUCCUUCCAUGUUAGAGACGGCUGCCGCGAAAGGCAGCCAAGUCUGGGGCAAGGCUUCUACGUGCUCUCGUUUUUUGUGGCUUGUUGGAAUGUCUGAUUCUACUGCGAUAUGUCAGCCUUCUGUGAAUCCUACUGCGCCACUGCUUCCCGCGCUUCCUCAAGACGUCUCUGCCGGGAAGAUCAAUCAAACGAAGGCUCAGAUUCGGAAAGCUAACCUUCAUGAUCUGGAUAGAAUAGCCUUGGUCGCCACUGCUGGCUUUUCGAAUUCUGCCGUGUUCAAAUACGAGCGACCCUAUUAUGGUCCCGCAACUAUAAUGGACACAAUAAGUAGCUACAAGUGUUGGUUCUACCAACAGAUUACUGACGGUGAUCAUAUCGUCCUUGUAAUCGAGACAGGAGCAGUCGAUCGUGAGCACAAGCACGAAAAUCUUGCUGGCGAUAGAGCUAUCGAAACCUACUACAAUCAGCAUCCAGGACACAUACCUAGGAUAAGGGAGACCGUCAUCGCAGGUAUCGCUUCAGUAAAAGUACCCAGAUGUCACAACGCUCAUAACAAAUCGUCCGAGUACUUCACAUCCACGAUACCACCGAUUAGGUUCAAAAGGCCGACCAAAAGCCUGAGAAGAGAUGAGAGCCAGGAAAGUAUACAGAUAUACAAUGAGGUAACAAAGAUCAAGAAAAGCAAGAUUGAAGGCAUGAUGAAGCUGGAGAGCCUGGUCGUCCAUCCCACAUAUUGGAAAAACCGGUAUGCCACAAUGCUCGCCAAGUGGUGCUGUGAUUUCGCCGAUGCGUGCGACGAGGAGCUCGGGGUUUCUGCCGCACCCAUGAGUCAGAACAUAUUGGAAAAUCGCUUUCAGUUCGUGUCAGAGUCUGUCAGUUUAAAUCGACUCACUCUAGAGGAGGACAAGGCGACGAGUCGAGAUCGCAAAACCGUCGAACCUUUCGACUUACAUAUUGGGAUCCGGGCUCGACGUAAUGACAGAUGACCGGAAUGAACGCUCCAGCUCUUUAAAUAAAUAAGGGUUAGGCCCGUUAGCUAUCAUUAUAU